CAGGGGGGUUUAGCCAAUGGCACAUGACAUCAUUUAUAGCUGGACAACAAGGGAGUUUACUUGUGGGGGUAUGAUUUUUGGUUGGAAGAACUUGGUUAAGUCUUCUGCUCAAUAAUGGCAAGGUGGUUCUGCCUUCUGUGCAUCUUGGACUUUUGGCAAUGGUUGCUGCUGCUGUACUGUGUCCUUGUGCUCAGUUCUUUCAGCCUUUUUUCUUUAUUAGCUUUUAUUUCCAUUGUCCUUUAUUAUCCUAGCUUAUUACAUUUUGUAAGUCCUGUUCUAGUAUUUUGCAACUUUGCAAUUGGUUCUGCAUUUCUUGUUACUUCUUCAAGCUUCAAGAGCUGAAAGUUUGGGGAGUUUGGACAAAAGCAGCUUCAAAUGGCUAGGAAGACUGAGCAUCCAGCAAGAAGACAAGCAUUUUUCAAGGCCCUUAUGGGUGAUUUUUCUCAGCAUCUGCGUAUACCAUCAGCGUUUAUCAAGAACUUGAACAGACGCUCACUGCACACAUGUCGUCUUAAAGGCCCUAGUGGACAAUGUUGGGUUGUGGAAUUGGAAAAGAGAGGCAAUCGAUUGUUUUUCCAUAAGGGUUGGGAGGAAUUUGUGAAGCAUCAUCCUCUAGAAGUUGGGGAUUUUCUGAUUUUCAGUUGUGAUGGUGUGUCCAUGUUCGAUGUGACAAUAUAUGGCAAAACUUUCUGUGAGAAGAAUGUAAAAGCAGCCAAGAGGAGAAGUGGCAGUAAUGGUAUUGCUGCCAAAAGAAGUGGUAAGUUGCCAAGGAGAAGUGACAGUCACGCUGACAAAAGAAGGGCAGUUGAUGGUGUAGAAGAAACUUCUCUUCGACCCAUUCCAUUCCAAUCAAAGAAUUCUUUUAUCUGUAGAGUUUUGACGGCACGUACAUUGUAUGAAGUGUAUAUUCCGACGGAAGUAGUCAUAGCGGAAGGUUUAAAGGCUGGGACGGCCAUAAAGAUUCAAGAUACAUUUGAGAUGUCAUGGCAUCUUAGACUCCGUGCUAACCAUGAUCGUGUGCUGAUGAGGUCGGGCUUGUCAAAUAUAUGCAAAGCAAACAAAACUUCACAUGGGGACACUGUGAUCUUUGAGUUUGUCAAGCCAAGAGUAGUGCAACUUCAUAUUAUCAGAGCAGGAGUUUACUAGCAGCCGCUGAUGCAUCCUGAAACAACAGCUAGUCUUUCCAAAAAAAUGUAAUUCCGCACUAGUACUGAUGAGACAAUUUUACAUCAAGUUAUGCAGACAUGACUGCUAAGAUUCUAUGCUUUUGUUUGACACUUCGACUAGUUAUUAUAAAACUGAAGCCUGCUUUUGAUGAAUGAUGC